AUGGGAAAGCAGCCGCCGUCGGGCGCGAUAACGAUUAUCUACAGGAUCGCGUUGCGUGUAGCGCAACCAUCAAACGCCAUGCUCGAGGCCGUCGUCUUCCGCGAUUUGACGAAAAAGACCUGGAAAAUCGAUGGAGACAUUGAGCGGAACAACAAAUAUGGCAACACUUCGGCGUGCGUCGUCGAGAAGCAGCUGCUCAAACUGUGCCACUGCAUUAAC